AAAAACAAACCGCCCUCGCUGCCUGCAAAAAACGCGAAUCUCUCUCUUCUCGCUCUUUGUUUCUUUCUCUCUCUUCUCGAAAGCGAAAGCGAACUCGGAAAACAAAUCACUCAAAAACGGAUCUGAAAGGACCAGAACCAGAAUAACAGAAAACCCUAACCCUAGCCGCGGCUUCUCUAUUUCUUUUUUUUUUUUCAUCUGCGGGGCGAGGACUAGAACUAGAUUAGGGUUAAGGUUUAGGGUUAGGUCUAGGGUUAGGGUUAGGGUUUUCUGCGAUGGAAUGUGGGGGUGGGCGUUGUUGUGGUUCGUCGUGGUGAUGACCGGAGGCCGAUGUCACCGGCAGAAGAAGAUGAUGGGUAGGGGUGCGGAAAGAGGCUGCGGCACCGAGGAGAAGCCGUGUCCAAUUUCUAGGGCUCCAGCGAAAAUUUCAGCGAAACAGCCGGGGAAUCCAGAAAAAGAGGUAUCAUUGGGCGUCGAUUUAUAUGCCCAAGCCCGGAAAGCACUGUCUGAUCGCUGCCCAUUCGAGACAGAGGAGGCUUUGGCAAAUACUGUUUCCACACUUCCGAGUGGAUUGGCCUGUUUAUUGUCUAAACAUUCUGAUAGUAGAAAGAGACACAAGAAGUCUCAUUCUGACACAAAAUCUUCAUCCCGACAGUCUCGUGGUGCGAAUAUUUGGUUGGAGACAGAGGGGUACUUCAGAGAAUUGGCAUUUCCGGAUAUUGAAACCCUGGUUGAGGUAUCUUCUUCCGUUUCUUUAGCUACCGAGAAGAAUUUUUUGAUUCCAUAUAUAGGAAACUCCAUCGAGGUUAAUGGGGUUUCAAGUGAACUUCAGAAUGGUGAGAAUGCAAAUGGUAAUGGCAUUGUUGCUAAAGAAGAGGACAAGAAAGAGGACAAUCAGUUAAUGGAAAUUGACAGUGUGGAAACUGUAGUUUUGCCCCCGGAAGAAAAGGCUUGUUCUCAGUCCCCUCUAUCUAGUGGUCUGGAGUGGCUUUUAGGUUUGAAGAAUAAAGUUCUACUGACCUCAGAACGUCCUAAUAAGAAAAGAAAACUUUUGGGUAGUGAUGCGGGGUUAGAGAAACUUAUAAUCGCUCGACCAUGUGAAGGGAAUUCUUCUUUGUGCCACUUUUGCUGCACAGGGGACAUGGGAGAACAAUCAAACCGAUUGAUUGUUUGCCGUUGUUGUAAUGUUGCUGUGCACCAAAAGUGUUAUGGUAUGCAAGAGGACAUAGAUGAAGAAUCGUGGUUGUGUACUUGGUGUCGGCAUAAGAAUGAUAAGAAUGAUGCCAGUAACGGUGAAUCAGUGAAGCCUUGUGUGCUUUGCCCAAAGCAGGGUGGUGCUUUAAAACCUCUUCAUAAGAGUGAAGAUGAGGAGUCUAUGGAGUUUUCUCAUCUGUUUUGUAGCCAGUGGAUGCCUGAGGUUUAUGUGGAGGACACAAGGAAGAUGGAGCCUAUUAUGAAUAUUGAUGGAAUAAAGGAAACUCGGAAAAAGUUGGUAUGCAAUGUGUGUAAGGUGAAAUAUGGUGCUUGUGUUCGAUGCAGUAAUGGAGCUUGCAGAACUUCUUUCCAUCCCAUAUGUGCAAGGGAAGCAAGACACAAAAUGGAGAUUUGGGGAAAAUUUGGUUGUGACAAUCUUGAGCUACGGGCCUUUUGUUUAAAGCAUUCAGAAGUCCAGGAUGUUAGCAGCACCCAACAGUUAGGAGAUUUUUCUGCAGCUGUUGGCAGCAACACUUCAAGUCACCCACCAGUGACAUCAGUUAACAAACCACAAAAGUUAAAGAUUGGUCUCAGAAAUGGUGAUAAAAUUGCUGUUCAUAUGGAAACACCUGAUAACAAUUCCAAUAAAUUGAGUGAUGGUGAAUUUCAAGAAACGGGAUUGCCAAAUAUCAGAUCAAAGGCUGAACUUAUGUCAGGAUGUGCUGAUGCACAGCAACUCAUUGGUAUGCGUAUGCUAGAGACGAUUAACAGUGAAGGUGUUAAUCCAUCCGACUCCAUAAAUCUUGCACUGAUUCUAAAGAAGUUAAUUGAGCGGGGGAAAGUCACUGUGAAAGAUGUAGCACUGGAUAUUGGAGUUUCACCUGAUUCGUUGGCUGCAACACUUGCUGAUGAUCACUUGGUCCCUGACUUGCAAUGCAAAAUACUGAAAUGGCUUAAGGAUCAUGCUUACAUGGGUACCUUGCAAAAAAAUUUGAAAGUCAAAAUAAAAUCUGCAAUUUCAUCGACGGAUGAAAUUGGAGAAGUUGAUGGUUCUAAUGCUGUGCUUGUCUCUGAGACUGAUAUUCCAGAACCAGUUCCUGUGAAGUCAGUUCCCCCACGGAGAAGAACCAAAAGCAACGUUAGAAUUUUGAAGGAUAACAGAAUAAUAUGCUCAUCUGAAGAAACAUUUAGUGACAAUGGAACAGUAAUGGAUGAAGUUAACACAGAUCAACUUGCUGGUGAACUUGAAAAUUCAAGCAAAAGAUCUUUUCCUAGUGCCACUGAAAAGCCUUUUACCAAGCCUGUUGGGUUUCAAGAUUCUUUGGAAAGGCAUUCACCUAAAUUUGAAAGUAGUGAACCUUCAAACUGCAGUCUUUCUGAUAGUGGCCGAAUUGAGGAGGAUGGUGCUGAGGAUAAUACUUUGGUGAAUUUAAACAAGGAAAAUCCUGUUUGUUCAGUUGUGGAUCCAGUUCCUCCUGAUCUGAUAAACACAAAAACAGUAUCUGGUUCUUACAUUCACCCACUUAUCUACCAGAAGCUGAGGCAAACACAGAGUGGGUUGCUUUUAAAGAACACAAUUUGUAAGUUUGAAGGUUCAGGGGGCCCAGAAAUUUCUCCUAUGGAAACAUCUUCUUAUGUCAGAGUUCCUUGCAAUCACCAAAGUCAACAUUCAACAUGCACUGAAACGAUUUGUAAAUCUGAUGGAGAAAAUUUAGAGCAGUUGGUUAAGGCUAGGAAUACAGGGGUUUUAGAACUUUCUCCUGAAGACGAAGUUGUAGGGGAACUUAUUUAUUUUCAGAAUAGGCUUCUUGGCAAUGCCGUUGCAAGAAAGAACCUUAGUGAUGAUUUAAUUUGUAAGGUUGUGAAGAGUCUACCUCAGGAGAUUGAAGUGGUGCGGAAGCAAAAAUGGGACUCUGUGCUUGUUAACCAGUAUCUUUGUGAGCUUAAAGAAGCAAAGAAGCAGGGAAGGAAAGAAAGGAGGCACAAAGAAGCACAGGCUGUGCUUGCUGCUGCAACUGCUGCUGCUGCAGCUUCUUCUAGGAUUUCAUCGUUUAGGAAAGAUGCCAUUGAUGAAUCUGCUCAUCAGGAGAAUCUGUUGAAGGUAAACACUUCUAGUGGACGGGCUGGGCUUUCCUCUCAGCCAAUGCCACGAGCAAAGGAGACACUCUCAAGGGUUGCUGCGCCAAGGGUUUCAUCAGAAAAGUUUUCUGAUUUUGUCCAAUCUAACUUAGAUUUUUCUAAAGAGCAUGGUAGAUCGUGUGACAUUUGCAGACGCUCUGAGACAAUUUUGAAUCCAAUUUUAGUCUGUUCCAGUUGCAAGGUGGCUGUUCACUUGGAUUGCUAUCGUAGUGUUACAGAUUCUCCAGGUCCAUGGUAUUGUGAACUAUGUGAAGAAUUAGUGUCAUCUAAAGGCUCUAGAGCUCCAGCUGUCAAUUUCUGGGAGAAGCCUGCCUUUGCUGUAGAAUGUGGUCUUUGUGGUGGCAAUGCUGGUGCUUUUAGAAAGACAACUGAUGAUCAAUGGGUUCAUGCUUUCUGCGCUGAGUGGGUGCUUGAAUCAACAUUCAGAAAGGGACAAGUAAAUCCUGUUGAAGGAAUGGAGACAGUUUCAAAGGGGAGUGAUGUUUGUUAUAUCUGUCAUCGCAAAAAUGGUGUCUGCAUAAAGUGUAACUAUGGUCACUGUCAGAGCACUUUUCAUGCUUCUUGUGCUCGAAGUGCCGGUUUGUACAUGAAUGUGAAGACUGGUGCUGGCAAGCUGCAGCACAAAGCAUAUUGUGAAAAACAUAGCUUGGAGCAGAGGGCAAAGGCCGAGACACAAAAAGCUGGAAUUGAAGAGUUAAAGAACAUUAAACAAAUUAGGGUUGAACUAGAGAGGUUACGCCUUCUUUGUGAGAGAAUUAUCAAACGAGAAAAAUUGAAGCGGGAAUUGAUACUUUGUUCACAUGACAUACUUGCUUCAAAAAGAGACUCUGUUGCUUUGUCUGUGCUUGUCCAUAGCCCCUUCUUCCCUCCUGAUGUUAGUUCAGAAUCAGCUACAACAUCUCUUAAAGGCCAUAUGGAUGGCUACAAAUCAAGUAGUGAAGCUGUCCAGAGAUCAGAUGACAUAACAGUGGACAGCACAAUUUCUGGUAAGCACUGUAUGAAGCUUCCUGUCUCCAUGGACAGUGACCAAAAGACAGAUGACAGCUCCACAUCCCAGCACCUUUGUACAAGAAAGCCUUCAGAGAGGACUUCAUUUUGUGGGAAGCAAAUCCCUCUUAGACCUUCAUCUGUUGCAUCUCGGAAUGUUUCGGGUGAGGUUGAGAAAAGAUCAAAAUCCAGAAAGCACACUGAAACAUUUGAAAAGGAGCUGGUAAUGACAUCAGAUCAAGCAUCUGUGAAGAAUCAACGAUUACCUAAAGGAUUUGUUUAUGUUCCUAUUGGUUGCCUUUCGAAGGAGAAACAGAUCAACCAGGAUGCAUGUCCUCGUGAAUCAGUGGAACGUGAUGGGUAGACUCAAGGCAUCUCCUUUUGGGUUUUGGGUUUGCCUGCUGGGGGCCUAAUCACCUGUCCCGGAUGUACAUUUUUCUGCCUGGAAACUGCCUUGGUCAAAUGAAUAUGACGAAAAAAAAAAACGGUGGAAUUGAUCCUGAGAUAAGGUUCUGGCUCGUGUUUCCUUAUAAAUAGGACUCACAUUCUGGUUCACAUAAGGAAGUUUUGGCGUCAUUGUUGUAUAUUCACUCUGAGAGUAACUGUACAGUGGUUGAGGGUGUGUUUCCCUUACAUUUGUGCGAGGGGCUUGAGCCACUUCAUCUUGAUGCAUGUCUCUGGUGGAAGGGCGAAAUAGAGGCCUCUGCUUCCUUUAACUGUACAAGGAGUUAGAAGGUAUCGCCUACUGUGCGUGCUCUGUAAAGUUAGUGUAUAUAUUGUUACAAUAUCAACCCAGGAGCGAUUGCCCCCAACAUCGGAUUGAUACAGAGCAUUUAAAUUAUUAGUCAAAAUGCCACCAUAUUGAUUGGUUCCGAUCAGUUCUAAAAGUGGUUGUGUUUCACAGGUUUACUGACAUUAGUUAAUUAGAGGGUGGGUUCAAAGUGGGUUCUUUUGAUUGUUCUCCAUUAGUGAAGUUUCAGCCCUGCCUCUCAUUGGUUUUGGGUUUUCAUUUAAUGAUAUUCUGCAUCAUUCAAUUGCA